AUGGACGAAGAAGACGAAACGAUUGAUUAUGAAGAAAAUUUGCGGGAAAAGCAUUUGGAACAGAAAUUGAUUGAAGAACGCUUGAAAGAAGUUGCUCACAAGCAAGAAUUGCUGAAAAAGCUAUGGAGCGAACUCAAUGCGGAUCAAGCUAUGAAAUUGGCAAGCUUUCUUGAAAAUCAAAAGAAAACAGAUACAAUCCGUAAGAGAAUUGUAGUUGGAAAUACUUCUCACUAUAUUUCCGAGAAACAUCGGGAAGUCCAUGACUCCUACACUCAUAAAUGGACCAUCUAUGUGAGAGGCUCGAGCGAAGAACCUGAUAUUAGCACUUAUGUGAAGAAAGUUCGAGUAUUUCUGCAUAGAUCAUUUGCCCCUAAUGAUAUUGUUGACAUUUAUCAUCCUCCUUUUCAUGUAUCUAGAAGAGGAUAUGGUGAAUUUCAAGUUAUUGUUCAACUUCAUUUCAAAGGAAAUACAGACAUCAACAAACCACUUGAUAUUGUACAUCAUUUGUCACUAGAUAGAAAAAACACUGGGAAAAUUGUUAAUUCAGCGGAAACAAUUGCUGAUAUUGAGUUAGACAAGCAAGCUCUUGCCGAGUCGGACACCUUCGUUGAUACACAUCAGAAAAAAAUUAAGAAAAAACUCACACUAGAUUCAGAUGAAGAAUUUUCAUCUGAAGAAGUUAUUCAUCUUGGAUCUGCCUCUCCGUCAAAGAAAAAGAAAAAGUCACCAAAUGACACAAAGGAUGAAACAGCACUUAAAAUUGAAAGUGAGCUCAUUGAUGAAGACUUAUCUUUUAUUUCUGACAUGCCUUUUCCACCGUUCAGUUGCCAACCUUCAAAGAUGAAUUACAUGGUCACACGAUUGGACUCUCUAAACAAAGAAGAAAGAGCUGUUAAGCUGGCAUCAGAGAGAUUUCCAAUGAUAGCUGACAGCAAUAUCAAUCUUCCAUAUUUAUUUGCAACGUCUGAUGAAGUUUUUAUUAAUUGGACGAUAGGUAAAAGAAAAUGUGCCGAACGCAAGAGAGCUUUGGAAAUUAAAAGAUAUUUACAAACCAAACAGCCUGAUUUUAAUUUAUCUACUUCUUACAUUGCGCGAUUAUUAAGAAAAAUUGGCCUAACACCAAUUGUUUUUCAUAAGGAGUCAGUGUUAGAUAUGAUAGAAGAAGAAGAAAAUAAGAAAAACCUAGAAACAGCUGAAGAGAAUCCACAAUUCUGUAAAUACUGUGGAUGUCCUCAUCAGCCCCAAUCAGAUUUUAAUCGUAUCCAGGAUAGAUGUAGAAAGAGAAUGAAGAUUCCUUCUUUGACUUAUCAUAUUGAAUCCUGUACAACAUCACUCGACGAUGACUUCUCUCUACCUUUGAAUGAAUGCCCUCAUUGCACAAAAUUCUUUACAAGCAGUAGUAUGCAAGUCAAUUGUGACUGCAGCGAUGUGGGUAUUGAUGACAUCAUGGAUGAAUGUGACUUUAAACUUGAUGAUAAGGCGGCACUCAUGUUCAACGUACUUUUUCGUAAAUUUGCCUCCUCACUAAUCACGCACUCGAUGGCCAUGUACAAAGCUCAAGCCAUGAACGAAACAUUCAAAGAGUCAGAAGGAAAAGUUCUUGUUCCUUUUCAUGUCAUGCAAAGCAUCAUGGAAUGCCCACAAUUGGAUUUUCUCAGAAAUAACCUUAAAGUUGUUGAUGAAAGAAAUCAACACAACAAGAAACGAAAAAAGCCAUAA